CAUUCACACUCAGAAUUAGAUCUAGAAAACCUUUAUCCCAUCGGACCAGAUGCUUAAUUAUAGAAAACAGCGUCCUGCCAAGCCUUUGAAAGAGAACGGAGAAGGAGGAGGCAGAACCCAGCAGCAACAACAAAGCCAGCAUCUUCCAAAAACCACACCCUCAAGACCUGGCACACUAGUAGCGAUUGCUAAUCUAUAUAAGAUGUCGAGGUUCAGACUCAUUCAGCAGCGGUUUACCAAUGUAACUGCCACAGCUGCUGCUAAGCUCUUGCAGUCUAACGGGAUGUCUUUACCUACUGAGGCCACUUGUCCGGAUAUCAGUAAUCAUAGUCAAGCGCCAAACAGCACAACACGAUGUCUUUCGGAUAUUUGUUCUUCCAUGCCUGAGGCCGAUUUGUUGCCAACCGUUUCUAGCAGGCAGCUCGUUGAGAAAAGUAGCAGUAGGGACAAAGGCAGUGAGAAAUUUGCAUUGGCUAUCUCCAAGCCAUAUACAAAGGGAGGGAAGACGAGUGGUCUAUGUCUUCCCCCAAUCCCACCAUGUGCUACUGUAAAGCUGGGCCCAGAUAUGAGGAAAGGAAAGAAAAUUUCUAGCCAUCUGGAAGAUGUACAUUCCUUGAGAGUGCUCCACAACCGCUAUCUACAGUGGAGAUACCUCAACUGGGUCUCAUGA